AUGUCGGUUCAUUAUGAGUUUAAAUGGCCAAAGGGUCCAGAAGAUGUUAUUGUUACAGGUACUUUUGAUAAUUGGUCUCAAUCAUUACCAUUAGUUAAACAAGUCGAUGGGUCAUUUUCAAUUCAAGUUCCAUUACCACCAAAAAAGGAAACUAUAUUCUAUAAAUAUGUUGUUGAUGGAAAAUGGGAAGUUAAUCCAGAUGAAAAAAUUACAAAAGAUUUUGAAGGAAAUGAUAAUAAUAUUUUAGAAGCUGAGGAUUUGGUUGAUUUAUUAGUUGUGCCGGGGGCUUUGAUUCCUGAAUCUGGUUUAAAAACUAAAACUGUAAACCAUGAUAACGAACUAAAAGAUGAUUUAAAAACUACUGUAUUACCAAAAGAAGAACCCCAUCAUUCUACUAUUAGUGGUGAACCAGGUAUUUAUGUUCCAAGAGGUAAUGAUGACGUUUCAGCAUUUGAGAAUUACGAAGAUACAGAUGCAAGAGCAAAAGAAUUAAAUGCAAAUGUUAGUGAGGUUGGAACUGCUAAUGCCCCAACAACCAAUGAGCAAAAUCAAUUCUCAUCACGUGAAACCGAAUCAACACCAGCCACUUCAGCAGCUCCAAUAUUAAUUGCAGAAUCUACUGCUAUUGCUGAUCCAGCUACAGGAAUUUUACUUGAAGGAACUGAAAUCACAGAAGUUAUUCCAGAAACAGAAGACAUUAAACCUGAUUCCACUUUAACCGAUUCAAGUGUAACAGCAUCAUCAGCCGCAGGAUUAACUCCAGAAGAAAAGGAAAAACAAAAGAAGAAAGUCAAAAGAACUAAAUACAAAGCGAAAAAGAAAGCCAAAGCAGCUGCGUUAGCCAAUGGAACUACCCCAACCGGAGCAGAAGAUGAAAUUGAAGAAGUUGAUGUUGAAGAUGAUGAUGAAGAAUUAAGUCCAGAAUCAGAACCAGUAUUAAUAGCUACUGGUAAUGAUGAAACUAGUGCAGAUUAUCUUGGAGCUCAACCCAAAGUAACUGAAAAAGAAUUAGCAAAAGAAUCUAAAGAAAAUACAGAAUUGAAUAAAGAUGUUCGUGAAGAAUUUGAAGAUCCAAAGGAAAACGAUCAUUCAACUGCUAAAGCUUUAGGUGCUGCUGCCUUAGGAGGUGCUGGUGGUGCUGGUUUAGGAUCAGCAUUAGCACCUGAUACUACUGCUGAUGCUCAAAAAGAUAAUGUACAUGGUCCAUUCUCAACUUCAAAAGAGGCAAGAAAUUCGAUAUCACCAGAGCAAGCCAAAAAACCAUCUUUAGUUGAUGGAGUUGUUGAUGAUAAACAUCCAAAGACAUUAGAUCCAAAAGCUGGCUCUCAAGCACCAGCUGCUGGUACAACUGCACCAUCCACAUUGGCAUCAACACCAGUCGUACCUCCUGUCACAGGAUCAAACAUAGAUGCUGGUGAAGGAAAAGAAGUCAAUGCUUCACCUGUUGCCAAAGGUCAAGUUCCAACUUCAGCUGACAAUCAAGAAGAAGAAAUUAUUAUUGCACAAGGUAAUAAAAAAGAUAUUCUUGCAGCUGUUGAAGCUACAGAAGGUCCAAAUGUUGAACUUGAAGAAAUAAAACCAUCAAAAUCUGAACAAGAAAAAUUAACGAAAGAAGCUCAAUUAGCUGCUCAAGUUGAUGGCCCUAUAACAAUUGAACAAGUCACAGUGCCAGAAGCUCAAGUUCAUCCUACUACUGCAGCUACAAAAACAACACCAACCAAAGCUGAAGGAACCACCCCAGCAACUAAAGAGUCAAAAGCUUCAUCAGUACCAAUCAAAUCAAAAUCUAGCAAAACACCAGCUAAAGAGUCUUCCACAAAAAAACCAACAGAUACCAAAAAGACUGCUGCUAAUGGUAAAAAAGCGGAAGAAAAGAAAGGUUUUAGAACCUUUUUGAAAAAAGUCUUCUCUUAA